UUUUUGGAGAAAAUAUUGAGGGUACAACCAAACGUUAAGAAGCUUUACCUUCUCUUGAGAGUGUUGAGGAACGAUUUAGGUGAUGCAAAUUUGAAUGAUUUAAUGUUAGAAAAAGUCGUUCCGAUUUCUGGUGAUAUUUCAGCCGAUAACCUGGGACUGAAGGACUCUGACCUCUUACAAAAUAUGUGGAAUGAAAUCGACAUCGUUGUCAAUGUUGCUGCCACAACGAACUUCAAUGAAAGAUAUGAUGUUGGUCUUAGCAUCAAUACAUUUGGACCGCUCAAUGUCCUCAACUUUGCCAAGAAGUGUGUUAAAGGACAGUUGCUUCUACAUGUCUCAACCGCGUAUGUCUGCGGAGAGAAAUCCGGACUCUUACAAGAGAAAACAUUCCACUUGGGGGAAACAUUGAAUGGAAAUGGAAAACUAGUUAUAGAUACCGAAAUGGAGCUAAUGAAGCAGAAACUGAAAGGAUUGCAAAAAAAUGAUUGCUCUGAAGAAGAGAUUGCACAGUCGAUGAAGGAUCUUGGAAUGUCAAGGGCAAAGCUUCAUGGAUGGCCAAACACAUAUGUGUUUACCAAAUCAAUGGGAGAGAUGCUUCUUGGUAACCAUAGAGAAAAUCUUCCAAUCGUUAUCAUCCGUCCCACCAUGAUCACUAGCACUUUUUCAGAACCAUUUCCCGGUUGGGUUGAAGGGCUAAGAACCAUAGAUAGUGUGAUUGCUGCAUAUGGCAGAGGAAGACUUAAAUGUUUUCUUGCGGAUCCAAGCUCAGUCCUUGAUCUUGUACCUGUGGACCUGGUCGCAAACGCAAUGCUCACGGCUGCGGCAAUACACGCCGGGCAAUCAGGCUCUCAGACCGUGUACCAUGUCGGCUCGUCUUGUCAGAACCCAAUAACAUUCGGCCAGCUUCACGACCUCGCUGCUCGCUAUUUUGCCAAAAGCCCUCUUGUUGGACGCAACGGCUCACCCAUCAUAGUCUCUAAAGGCACCAUCUUGUCCACUAUGGCUCAGUUCAGCUUCUACAUGACUCUUCGUUACAAGCUACCUUUGCAGAUGUUGCGAUUGAUAGAUAUGAUUUAUCCAUGGUGGAAUGGAAAUAAAUACAAAGACAUUGACCGCAAAAUUAAGCUGGCGAUGCGGCUAGUCGAGCUCUAUAGACCCUAUGUCUUAUUUAAGGGAAUAUUUGAAGAUAUUAAUACUGAGCGAUUGCGGUUGAAAGGAAGAGAGAUUAAUGAAGAAAAAUAUGGGUUGUUCGAAUUUGACCCCAAGUCUAUUGGUUGGGACGAUUACAUCACGAACAUUCAUAUUCCCGGCCUCAUCACCUAUGUACUAAAA